AUGACUAAAGAAAAAGCAUCAACAGUCACUUCUCCCAAUUAUCCUAAUUUGACUUCUUCCAACAACAGCAUUGGUUCAGUGCCUAACAGCAUGCAUAAUUAUCGAAAAGCACUUUCAUUCCAUGAAAGAGUCCUUAAAAUCAAACAACAAUCACUUCCUCACAACCAUUCUAGUUUGGCUUAUUCCUACAACAACAUUGGUGCAGUGAAUUACAACGCGGGUAAUUAUCCGAAAGCACUUUCUUAUUAUAAAAAAGGUCUUGAAAUUCAACAACAAUCACUUCCUCCGGAUCAUCCUGAUGUGGCUUCUUCAUACAACAAUAUUGGUUUAGUGCAUUACAACAUGGGUAAUUAUCCAGAAGCACUUUCAUCUCAUCAAGCAUCACUUGCUAUCUAUCAAAAAACUUCUCCUCUCAAUCAAUCUAGUAUGGCUAUGUCGUACAACAACAUUGGUGCAGUGCAUUACAGGAUGGGUAAUCAUUCAGAAGCACUUUCAUCUUUUGAAAAAGCCCUUGAAAUUCAGCAGCAAUCACUUCCUGCCAAUGAUCCUGAUUUGGCGAUGUCCUACAAUAAUAUUGGUUUAGUGCAUAAAGACAUGUGCAAUUAUCUAGAAGCACUUUUAUUUUAUGAAAAAGCCCUUGAAAUCAAACAACAAUCACUUCCUCACAAUCAUCCUGAUUUGGCUCCUUCGUACAUGUCCAUUGGUUUAGCACAUUACAGUCUGGGUAAUUAUCCGAAAGCACUUUCUUAUUAUAAAAAAGGUCUUAAAAUUCAACAACAAUCACUUUCUCCCAAUUAUACGUAUUUGGCUCAUUCUUACAAUAACAUUGGUUCAGUGCAUGGUAAACUGGAUAAUCACCAAAAAGCACUUUCAUGCCAUGAAAAAGCCCUUGAAAUUCGACAGCAAU